CGGCGGCGGCGGGGGUGCUGGUGGCGGUGGCGGUGCAGGGCGCGAGGCGGCGACGGCCACGCUCCGGCCGGGCCCCCGCUGCUCCGGGCGGCGGCGCCAUGGACGAGGCGGUGGGCGACCUGAAGCAGGCGCUGCCUUGCGUGGCCGAGGCGCCGACCGUGCAUGUGGAGGUGCACCAGCGCAGCUGCAGCACUGCAAAAAAAGAAGACAUUAAGCUGAGUGUAAGAAAGCUACUCAACAGGCAUAAUAUUGUGUUUGGGGACUACAAGUGGAAUGAGUUCGAUGAUCCUUUUCUGGCCAGAAACGUGCAGUCAGUGUCUAUUGUUGACACAGAGUUAAAGGUGAAAGACCCACAGCCCAUUGAUCUGGGUGCUUGCACAAUUGCACUUCACGUCUUCCAGCUGAAUGAGGGUGGCCCCAGCAGCGAGACUCUAGAGGAGGAAACCGAGAACAUCACUGCGGCAAGUCACUGGGUCCUGCCUGCAGCUGAAUUCCAUGGGCUUUGGGACAGCCUGGUAUAUGAUGUGGAAGUCAAAUCUCAUCUCCUCGACUAUGUGAUGACAACUUUACUGUUCUCAGACAAGAAUGUCGACAGCAAUCUCAUUGCCUGGAACCGGGUAGUGCUGCUGCACGGUCCUCCGGGAACUGGAAAAACAUCCCUGUGUAAAGCAUUAGCCCAGAAACUGACCAUUAGGCUUUCAAGCAGGUACCAGUAUGGCCAACUAAUUGAAAUAAACAGCCACAGCCUCUUUUCUAAGUGGUUUUCAGAAAGUGGCAAGCUGGUAACAAAGAUGUUCCAGAAGAUUCAGGACUUAAUCGAUGACAAAGAUGCCCUGGUAUUUGUGCUGAUUGAUGAGGUGGAGAGCCUCACGGCCGCCCGCAAUGCUUGCAGGGCAGGCACCGAGCCUUCAGAUGCCAUCCGGGUGGUCAACGCCGUCUUGACCCAGAUCGAUCAGAUUAAGAGGCACUGCAACGUGGUAAUUCUGACUACUUCUAACAUCACGGAGAGGAUUGACGUGGCCUUUGUGGACAGGGCUGACAUCAGGCAAUACAUCGGGCCACCCUCUGCGGCAGCCAUCUUCAAAAUCUACCUCUCCUGUUUGGAAGAACUAAUGAAGUGUCAGAUCAUAUACCCUCGCCAGCAGCUGCUGACCCUCCGGGAGCUGGAGAUGAUUGGCUUCAUUGAAAACAACGUGUCGAAGUUGAGCCUUCUCCUGAGUGAAAUUUCAAGGAAGAGUGAGGGCCUCAGUGGCCGCGUCCUGAGAAAACUCCCUUUCCUGGCUCACGCGCUGUACAUCCAGGCCCCCACCGUCACCAUUGAGGGCUUCCUCCAGGCCCUGUCUCUGGCGGUGGACAAGCAGUUUGAAGAGAGGAAGAAGCUCUCAUCUUGCAUUUGAUCUGGGCUCCUGGCCCCAGGAUUUCUAAUUGUGAACACGACCGGAAGUGAUGUCACUCCUCACGGCAGCAACUGCCCAGAAAUCUCCCAACACUCAGCCCAGGUGUACAGGCCAGAAGCCCACAAGGCUGAGCAGUGUUCACAGACAUGUGUUAUUAUUUACGUGUUUUUAAGACAAACAUCCUGUUGUGUUCACUGUUUUGAAAGACGAUCACUUAAGUUCUGUCCUGUAAAGAACCGUCUUGUGCUCAUUUCAUUCUGUGUCUGGUCGAUCGGACACAAAAUGCUGACAAAUGUUGGAAGAAGGCAGUUAACAUAGGUUUUAAGAAACAAAAGAGAAAACUUACCGCCUUAAAGAAGAAUGUAAUCGUAGCAUUAAAAAUGCCCACCUCACUGAAGCCAGAAGGCAGCCUUUGCUUCCUGCCUCAAGCUUGUUUUGUUUACUGCAAACACUUCAGACCCAUGAAUAAAGAACACCCUAUUCCUGUGUCCUGAGACUUGAGACAAAAAUUGCAGGUAGAGCAUUCUUCCCAAUACUCUGCUGGUGCUGUUUGAGGGAAAGGUUCAGCCUCCGCGUCAGGGGGCCUGUGCCACACCCCUUGGCGUCUGCAACAGGUGGUGUCGUGCAGCCUGUCGCGUCGUUCCUUCCCUCACGUGCCCGUGGCUCCGGUGCAGAUUCACGUGAACAAUGUAAAGUGGCUGAGAAUCAGGGUGUCUCAUGGAAUGCCAGGUUUUGCUCUUAUCUGAUGCUAAAAUUCUGUUUGUGUUUUAUAUACGUCUCUGAGGAACAUGUUACUCUUUGUUACAGAACUUUGUAAGUACUAAAACUUUUUCCCCAGACUUUUCUCACUUUGAAUUUUAUUAAAAUAUUAUUCACAU